GAAAUUUGUUGACUGAUUUAUAAUCAAAUUUUUAGUGCCAUAUAGCGAAUUCCUAAACCUAAAUCACUACUACACGUGAGCGGUGAGCGCCAUCUUUCCCUUUCGUUUCUUCCCCGCCGAUCCUCUCUAUCUCUUUUAUCAAUAACCAGAAGAAAUUGUUCCCCUCUCUCUGGGUUUGGGGAGCUUGUAGGUGCAUGCCAUUGGUCGAAGUUUUAGCCUUCCCAAUAUUCAGGUCCAAAGUCGAGCUUUAGCCUCUUCUUCUGUAUUGCAAUUGUGAAUUGAAAAUUCUUUCAAUCCAAGCCCACACUUCCAUCUACUAUACACUCGUGAAUCCCCCUUCACCUUCUUCGUCCUCAUCUGCUUCCGAAAUCGAUGUUUCCUGGUUUCGCCUCCGAUCACCCUGAAGAAAUUGCGCAACAGCCAAUCAUCAUCAAAAAGAGUCGUAACUUCAUCGCAGCCAAUUCUUUUAUCCAAACUUCUCUGCUCAAAUCCCCGCUCCAUCUCCCCUGUUGCUUCCUUGCUGACCCAGGCGUCAACGCUGAAACCAUCCUCUCCAGCUUUCAGCUUCUCCCUGUCGAGCAUAAACCUGACCGACGAUGAUGCAGAAUUUCAACCGAAGCAGACAUUGCAUAUUAUCUCGCCUCGCCUCGCUAACCAAGUCACAUGUCCGCUUCCAGAGAUUGAUUCACACUGUGGUCGAAGGGACAUUGCCUGCUGAACCCUACGCUGAUGUGAAUUCCGGUUCCAUGGUUCCACAGAAGAUAAAAGUGGACAUGUCAAAGUGGAAAAAGGUUCAGGCGAAGCUUUAUGGUAUAACACCUUACCAAAUUCCGGAUUCGCCGUGGACAGUCUUGAAAUGCCUGAGAUUCGAAGGAUUUGAGGCCUACCUUGUGGGUGGAUGUGUUAGGGAUUUAAUUUUAAAUAGAGUGCCUAAAGAUUAUGAUGUGAUCACCACUGCGAAUCUUUCACAGAUUGAAAAGAAGUUUAGAAAUUGCAUCAUCGUUGGACGAAAAUUCCCCAUAUGCAGGGUGUCUAUGAAAGGUUCCGUAGUUGAGGUAUCAAGCUUUGACACAGUGGCAAAAGAUACUGAAGAAAAGGCUAUUCCUUAUGAAAUGCCGAGUGGCUGCAAUAAAAAAGAUUUCAUACUCUGGAGAAAUAGCAUUAAUCGCGACUUCACAAUUAAUAGUUUGUUCUUUGAUCCUUUCAAGAAUGUUAUAUAUGAUUAUGCAAAUGGGAUGGAAGAUUUGAGGGCGCUGAACUUACAGACUAUAAUCCCUGCUCGACUGUCAUUCCAAGAGGAUUGCGCAAGAAUAUUACGUGGCUUACGCAUUGCCGGUCGCCUCGGCCUAUCAAUAUCACCAGAUACUGAAACCGCAGUACAUCAACUCUCAACUUCAAUUGCAAGUUUGGACAAGUUCAGGUUAAUGUUGGAAUUCAACUACAUGCUUGCCUAUGGAGCCUCGGAGCCUACUAUCAGUUUGCUACAGAGAUUCAACCUUCUUGGAUUAUUUUUUCCAUUCCAUGCAGCCUACCUACAUCAGCAUUGUACUGAGAAUUCUCCUAUGCAUUCCAUGAUACUAAUGAAAUUAUUAUUCAAUUUGGAUAAUUUGGUUAGCUGUGAUCAGCCUUGCAGCUGCAGUCUUUGGCUUGGAGUAUUCGCGGUUCACCAAGCAUUAGUUAUUAAGCCUCAAGAUUUAUCAGUAAUCUUGCUUUUUGCUUCUGUGCUGCAUCACGGGGGUUGGGACAAAGGUCUUAAUUUUGUGAGGGAACAUUCAAACCUUCAGGUUAAUUUUGCACCUGAGAUAUCACGAUUCUCUGAAUCUAAGUCAGAUGAUGAACUUGUGGAGGGCGUAACUCGGUUUGCGUGUCUAGUUCAAGAAUGUGUUAGAUCGUUCUUUGACAGAGACAAACUUUAUGAGUUCAUGUCCAGAUACCCAGCCACCCCACAGUCUAAUAUGGUAUUUGUAUCAAAGAAAGCAGGGAUGGAGGUCGCUAAUCUUUUUGAUGCCUUAGUGAAAGGGAACGAAUUCCACCAGCACAAACAUGGAAGAAAGAGGAACGGUUUGAUAAUAGAUUACAGGAAACUAGGUAAAGGUGAUGUGCAAGAAACUAGAUUUGCUUUGGGGAAAAUUAUUUUGGAAACUUUGAGUUGUGGACAUGCUGAUGGAAGAACAAACAUGGAGGAUGAGGAAGCAGUGAUCCCAGUGGAGGGAGAACUUGGUCAAACACUUCCUGAUUUAUCGAAGCAUCGGACUGUGGCCAAUGAGAAAAGAAAGCGAGUCAUAUCAUUUGUUGACGACUGGAUAUCAAAGCAGGGUUCGAGCAAGAAGUUAAAACUGGUGGAUGAGUCUCUGGAGCAGGAGGUAGUCCUAAAGAAGUUGAAAAAUCAUGUAAUAGUCGAAGAGGGAUAUCGAGAUGAAGCUGGCAAGCGUGUGAAGAAGGUGAAGGACAGAAGAAAAGUUGAGAAAAUGAAGAUGGAACGUAAGAGGGAUACGCAUAUAGUUUUACAGGAUAUGGUGUCAGAGAGGAUCGAGAGGAGAAGUCGCAAAAGCAAACAGGCAUCAUCUGUUGAGGAAACAGGGAGAAUGUAUCGACUCUCGUCUCUAUUCAGGUGAUGGCGAGACUCAUUCUACGUGGUGAGUUUGUCACUUGUUGAAAAGCAAGAUAAAGCAAAGCAAACAGUCUUGUGCCUGUCGUAGGGUGCUUACCGCAAGAUUAGAAGCACGGACAGUAGAGUUUAGCGUGCUUGGCUUUCGACGCUUCUUGUAUCAAUUUGUUGUAACAUGAUCUGUGUUGCUCUAGGUGUUGUGAUUUUAGGCAAGAGAGAAAGUUGCAGGUAUAUUCAAAUAUAUGAAGGGAAGUCGCUCGCUGGAGCUCAUUUACCCUAUUAUUUAUUAUUCGAGUUUUGGUAUUCAUUCGUUGGCUGUUAUUUGAGAA